AGCUAAAACUUAUCUCUAAUUUACUGAAAAUAAAUGGCAGUUAUAAUUCGUAAAAGAACGACUUGAAUUUCACAAAUCUUAAUUGAGAAGAAAUGAAGGGCGCUAUGACAGUACUCAGAAGCGUGCGGACUAGCGAGUUCGCAAUUAUUCGUACGUGCUAUAGGAAAUACUGUACCACAGAGAAUCAUAUGACGACAACAAAGCAGAAGGUGAUCCAUCCAUAUAGCCAAAUUCAUCCGUGGAAAUCAGAGAAUGAAUUUGCAAAUGAUUUGCUGAAGAAUGUUGUUUACAAUUCAGAUGGAAUAAUUGCAGUAAACAAACCAUAUGGCAUACCCAUGCUGAAUAGUAGGCCAAAUAUAAACGUACCCCUGCAUUUACAUCAUAAGAUUGUAGGAGCAAAAGAUUAUACUUUAAAUGAUAUUUUGCCAUAUCUUGCAAAGGAGUUAGAUGUACCAAUGUUAAUACCAUGCUUGGGAUCAGAAAAAUAUAUGAGUGGCAUAUAUGUUUUUGGAAUUAACAAUGAAGUAUGCCACCAAAUAAAUCUGGCAGCAAAACGAACUCGUGGUAAAUAUAGGAAAUAUUGGGUAGUCACAACUAGAGUUCCAAACGAGAUCAAAGGAAAACAUCAUUUAGGAAUGAUUUUAAAAGUAUCUGCAUUAGGAGAUAAAAAGCCUGUUAUCUUGACUCAGUGGAGUAACAACUCCUGGAAAAGGGACGAAGUCAAGAUAAUGAAUGUUGAUUAUAAAGUUAUAAGCAAUUCGACGCAUAAUUUAAGUUCGCUAAUAGAAAUUGUGUCAUCCUCAAGAAAAUGGCAUUCUGUUAGGUUAUUCACUUCCACUAUGUUGUACAGCCCGAUUCUCGGAGAUAAUAUUCACGGAUCACGAGUUCAAGAAGUCAUGGGUACAUGGUUAAAAAUCGAUCCUUUCGCUGAUUCCAGUUGGGAUUUACCAAAGCUAAAUCGACAAUUACUAGAUCUAUUAGAUAUAAAACCAAGUCAACAAGAAAUUGUUCCGGUUCACAUACACUUGAGAAGUGUACACUUAAUCUUUGGCAAAGAGCAAAAAGAUUUAAUAAUAGAAGCCCCUUUAAUACAUCCGUUCGAUUGGACUUGCAAGCAGCUUCAGUUUAAAAUCCCAGGUGAAAUCAGGAAUUCCGUUAAUGAAGAAAAUGAAGAAGAGUUAAUUUACAUGAAUGCACAUGAUGGCAAUUAACUCACAUACUAUGUC